AUGUACGCAGGCUCUGUAUAUUUUGCUUAUCGGCGCGCAGAUGAUGAUGAUGAUGAUGAUAUGUUUAUGGGUAUCUGUAAUCGCUUGCGUGCUGCAACCAAAGGGCAUGCCUUGUCGCUUCAGUGUGGGUAUUUGACCUCGACAACGAGAUUUUUAGUUCAUCGCAAGGCGCAUCAAAACCGAAAAAUUGCGCUAAGCAGUUUAGCCAGCAACCCAGAUGCAGUAUCUCUCAGCGACAUGGAGCUGUGUACAGCACCUCCAGCUCAGAGAUAUACGGUGAUUUCGCUGGUAGAAUUCUGGAAGAUUUCUCGCAUCAAUGGAGGCAUGUACUGCGAAGUCGGUACAACAGGUCGACUUUUAGACGACUGGCCACUGCAAUCCUUAGAAUCAUUAUUUGAUUUCACGGUGAAAGAGGUCGACUAUUCUAGGCCCGGAUUGGGUCCGCUGGUCCGACUGGAGCAUCUACCGUCCUGGGAACCGUUUCAGAGCGAUUACAUUCGCCUGGAACGGGUUACCGUUAUAUUCUGCCAACACCUGACACAUGCGCCUGCUCUCGUCCAAGAAGACGUCUGGUCUCAUUUUGAUCCGAUCAGCCCAAAUCCCAGCCCACCCUGUAAGCAUAUUAAUUACCUUGUCCUCUCUGUGAAGGAGCUUUUCAUGUGCACUGUAUGUGUGCAAAGCCUUCAUGGGACACUGCGCACAGAACCACAGCCAUUUCUUAAUGGCACCGACAUGCCUCCAAGGCAAAGCAUUGGACUUGCGGUAUCAGCAACGGCCCCAAGUCUACAGAUGUUGCGAUUGCAUUUACUUCCGGUUGAGAUCCAGCAGUUAAUCCUUUCCAGGGUAUCUUUGGGCCCAAUCGAGCCAGCUAGACUCGGCUGCAUGCUAUCUUUGGGCUCUCCAUUUCGAUGGCUCGAUGGUGGGCGUCCAAUUCAGCGGCAGGAGGUGCUUACGACAAAACCGACGAAGAUUCCGGUCGAGUCACAUAUCCAGUUUGACGGAGACCAUAGCGGGGUGGCUUACAAGGUCCGUCAGUCAAAUCCCAGAUACUGA